AUGCCUGCAGGUAAGAAACGCUGUGCUGUUGGGGGAGGAAUUAUCGAGUUGAUUCUAUCUCACUUUAUUCAAAGAAAGCGAACGUAUUUUUGUAAAGAAAUACAAUAUUUACUAAUCUAUCUAUCUAUCUAUCUAUCUAUCUAUCUAUCUAUCUAUCUAUCUAUAUUCAUUUCUUUCUCUCUACCUCUCUCUCUCUCUCACUGUAUUCAUUUCUAUCUAUCUAUCUAUCUAUCUAUCUAUCUAUCUAUCUAUCUCACUGUAUUCAUUUCUUUCUAUCUAUCUCACUGUAUUCAUUUCUAUCUAUCUAUCUAUCUAUCUAUCUAUCUAUCUAUCUAUCUAUCUAUCUAUCUAUCUAUCUAUCUCAGCAUAUUCUUUCUUUCUCCUCAUUUUCUUUCCUUCUUUCUUUCUUUCUUUCUUUCUUUCUUUCUUUCUUUCUCCUGCAUGUAUAUAAACUUAUGCUAG